UAUAAUAUCCGGCUUAUUGAUUUUAAAGAUUAACUUCUAGUUUUUAUUUGCAAAUUAAAUUUAUACUUUUGCAACAAUUUGAUCUGGAAUAUUGUUAAAACGUCAAUAAAAAAUGCUAUUACAGUGUUUCUCGUCUUCGUAAACAGAAUAUGAAAUAAUUCGCCUGGCAACGGUUUUUGUGCUAUUUCUGUUUAAAAUAGUACACGAUAUUUUACACCUUAUUUACCUGACAUUACAGAUCAUCUUGCUUUGCAAACUUUUAGCUUGAAAAUUUUAAGUAGCUUCAUUCUUUUGAAAGUAAAACCAUCUCUAUUCCAAUUAAAAAGAAUUCACUUUUCAUAUGACAUUAAAAUUUUUGGCUCAUACAUGAAAAUUUUGUCAUGCCUAUGUGUCUUACAUUGACGUCAGUUGGUAACAUUGUAGUGUCAAAGCGAAGUCAUUAAUAGUGAGAAAAACAAAAGUGUUUAUAAUAUAGACAUUGAAAACAGCUAAGAUGAUGACAAUUAGUGAGAGUCAAUUUUCCUCCAAUAAAAUGUCAAGUAUCCACAAAAUCAACGAUCGAGUGGUCCACAAGGACGCUUUCGACGAUGUCAAAAGCUCCUCCAGUGUCAACAGCACCCUCAUUACGAAGCGUGGCUUCAAGCCAUCGGAUAUGUUUGAUCCUCAAAAGAAGGAAUUCCUUACCAACCUCAGUUAUAAGUUGUUCCCUAAUGACGUCGAAGUGACCCAGGAUCCCUCAAUACAGCUUCCAGAAGAGCCGCUUGACGACUUAGACAACAGACCAGUCAUCGUGGGAGACAAGGAAGUCGAUCUGAACAAGAUCUUCACUCCAGCGGCUGAUGCUGAGGAGCAUGUCAUUAAGAAAGACCGCAAAUUCGAAAAAACCUUCGCAUCAUCAGCGUUCUACGUGCCGGGUGUUCAUCCGACAGUAAGGGAACAGAUGGACCUCGCGAGAGCCAUCUCCAAGUCUUUAUCUGAUUCCAGUAACCAAAUGUCCAAGGGACAGAGCAUGUAUGUCAAUCGGAAGAAGCGCUCUGUCAAAUGGGUUCAUGAGGGACGAGGAAGAAACACAUCAAAUACUUCGCAAACACCAACACCGGUCGCCAACCAUGACACGCCGUACCGCCCGCCAUCUAGUUUGCGUAACCAAAAAACUUAUCCGAAAUCAGCGCUAAAACAUACUUCAAAUAUACCAAAAAUGGAACCUUUUCCAGUUACAUCGCCUAUUAUUAAACACGAAAAUGUAGAAAUUCCAGUACAAAUGGCACCCACAAAGUUGAAUGAUGUCUACGCUUCACCAAAAAGCCCGCGUUCACCGCUUGUCAGCGGGCCCAAUUUCAAUGUGGCGCCAAGAGGUUGGGGGGAAAUGCAAAAUUACUACAGACCUGUAUCGCUAGAUGGAGUUGGACAGACUACGCGCGGUUACACAGAUUAUUAAGGUCAAUUGUUAAUGUUCAAUUUAAUAAUUAAAUGAAAUUAUUUUAACAAAUUUGAACCAUAGAGAAUGGAAGAAAUUGUUAUGCGAAGAAAAGCGGAAAAAGCUGUUGUAAUUGACACAGAGUUUCUCAUUUUAUUAUACGUUGCGCGGCAUUUGAAAUAACCUUAUCUAGUUCUGAUUCUGACCUACGAUGCAUCAAAUAAUCUUUAUCGUUAAGUUAUUAUUGUAAGAUGUUUUAAAAUGAUUAUUGUUAUUUUUCAAUGUUAGAUUUAGUUUAAAGUUUAUUUGUGUAAAAUAAACCUCAAAUAAAAACUCAGAUUAAUGUUCCUUAAUAGGAACGUACCUUAAUACGGUCAUAUCUUAAAUUGUAACUGUUGAAAAUAUAUCACAUAGUAUUUUUGUAAUGCAAAGAAGUAUUUAUAUUUGUUUAAAUAUACACUUUAAAUCUUA